CUUGGGAUGUCUGUCAAUGGCUCUGACAGGAAAGAAACAUGGAACUCUUGGAGGCUUUGGAUGUGCCUGGGAUGACCACGGCUUCAUCUUCCACUUCCACUUCCUGGACUCUUAGGCAGCAAAAGGCUGCACAAAGAUGGAAAGAGCCAAGGCCUUUCCAUCUGCAGUGUCUCCUGCAGACCCAUAAUGUGGGCCAUCCUUUGUGCAGCGUUUUGUAAAGGACGUUAUGAUUUGCACGAGCCCCUGUUUGCUUGCAAAAAUUGCAACCAGCAGUGGUCUCCUGAAUUUAAAGACAUCCUUGCCAGUGGAUAUUGGCCUGCCUCCAUCAGCUCCGACACAUUGUACACUUUCAAUAUUUUUAGUACGUUCCAGGAGCUUAAAGUUAUAGCCCCAACCCUGUUUAGACAGGCUUUUGUCAAGCUCCUUGAACAUCGAACAAGAUGUGGUGGAAGGUCAGGACCUGUGUGUGGGGACACUCUUCAGCGAAGCUUUCUGGAGUACAGCUAUUGCCGCUUCGAAGAGGAUCAGCUGUACACCUUUAAGCUGCCCUGCCUGUUCACCCGAGAUGCUUGCUGUGUCAGUGGAUGUGCUGACCCACCAUAUUUUGAGGGUGUCUUUGUGGCGGAGGACUCAUCUGUUUCUGAAUUUGUUGCUGGUAUACAGCAAGCGGGGAAACAGACACGUGGACAGGGCACAUGUGGCCGCUCCUCUUUCUUGGCAGCGAGGGAGACCUCAAGGAGGACCACUAAAUUGGACGAGGAAAUCAUGGAGGUUGCAGUCUGUCGACAUGGCUUCCUCUUGAAAUCCCUGAACAUGUACAGAGGUAACAUUUUAGAACUGCCACAGUAA